AUGAAUCAUCAGCACCCCCUUGCCAACCACCACCAACACCACUAUGCACCUCCACCACCUCCAACCACUCAUUACACUACCGCGUCGCCAUCCAUUGUUCAACCCCAUCACCACCACCACCAAUUCAACUUUGAUUUUGCUUCACCAAUGUAUGCACAUCAUCAUCCACAACAAACUCCUGCACAUAUCCCUGCAGCAGUACAACCCGUGACAAACACGUCUACAGCAACCAAGGAUGCCAAGCAACAAAAGCCGAAAAGGAAACAAGUGAAAAAUGCAUGUGUCAACUGUCAAAAAGCUUGUAAAAAAUGUGACGAUGGCAGGCCCUGUCAACGAUGCAUUAAAUUGGGUCUCGAAGCAACUUGUGUUAACUCACCUCGUAAGGAACGUCGCAAAGGCAUUAAGCGUGGUCCAUACAAGAAGCGUCAAUCGCGUAAGGCCGAGCAACAACAACAACAAGACUUACAACAAGAUAUGAUGCAGGCCACGUCAUCUGCAGGAUGGUACAACGUUGAUCAUCGAUCAUGGGCUGUUGCUGCUACGCACUAUGGACAACAGCAACAACAACAUCAUCAUCACCAACCUACUGCCUAUAGGCAAUAUUGGGAACAACAACAUCAACAACAGCAUCCUGGAAAUCCCGCAGCGAAAAUGCUUGGAUACGAUCAACAAUUUUUGCUCCGCCAUGAUGGUGCUCCUGCUGCUACAUCCAACUCUACAGCUAACACAAGUGACAUUUCAGCACCACCAUCAUCCACCGGUAACACCUUUACUACACCAUGCUCACCAGCAACACCACCUCCAUCUAUGCCUGUUGCUCCACCUACUUCGGUUCCAUCUCAAUCGUUGCUACCUGCUCAGCAACAUGUGACCAUGCUCCAAAAUCGUGUGCGUGAGCACCAGCAAAGAAUGAUGAUGUUACAGCAACAAGCACAUCAAGGAAAGCAAGCAGCUGAUGCCUCCUCAUUUACCAAUACUACGACUCACCAUGAUCAACAACCUGCAUGGACAUCCAUUACUACCUCCGAGCCUUGGCCUUGCUUCGUAUGA